UUUUUUUUUUUUCACUCUCUGGAUGAUUUAGAGCUUUGAAGAGUAACUUUCUCACCAUUUAUAGGAAGAACUUUGCUGUAGAGAAAAGAAGGAAACAAAGAAACUUUACCAAGAGAGAAUAAAUGAAGCAGUUUAAUAGAUCAGCAUGGAGCUGUUUGCAGGAAGGAAUCAGUUUGAUCUGUUGCUCCAUCACCGCUGGACAUGAGGAGAAGAUGAUCUCCAGGAUCCUGCUGCUCAUCAUCAUCAACUCAUGUCUCUCAGCAGCAACAUUUGUAGUGAAUGUGACACAGAGCUCCUAUCAGGCAGAGGAGAACCACAACAUCACUCUGGAGUGGACCUUCACCACCAGACCCAGCAGAACCUGGACACAACUGUUUAUCUACUGCUGCUUGUUAACUAACAGAGAGUUCCCUCUGUAUCGGGUUCAUCAUGGCACCGAGAUUUUAGAGUCUCAGGUUGAAAAGUUUUCAGGACGAGUCCAGAGUGACAAAGACGUCCUCAGAGAAGGACGAAUCAGACUCCAUGUGUCCAGACUGAGGACUGAAGACUCUGGUCUGUAUCUCUGUGAUGUAAAGACUGAUUAUGGCUUCAACUCUGGAAGAUGUUACCUUAACGUCUCUGCAGCUGCUGAUCAGAUCCAAACUCAGAGACCAACUUUGACUCCAGAACCAAAGAGACGAGGAAGGACCUUCAUCUUCAUCCCACUGGGACUGACAGCAGCUCUGAUGGUUCUGAUCAUGUGGAGGAUUUGGUUCAGAAAGAAAAACAGAACAAAACUGAAGAAAAAGACUGAAUUACUUCCUAGCUGCUCUGUUUUGUAGAUUUCUAUAUUUUACUGAAUGAAAUUCUUGUAAUAAUAAUAAUUACAGCCUCUGGCCUCUUGGGGCGCUCUUCUCUUCCCAGGACAGUGUUCUUUGUUUAGCAGAUCUCCAGGCUGCAUUAAAGCCUCAGUGAUCCAGACCUCAUUCCCUCCUCUUGGGUAUUAGUGUCUGUGGCUAAAAGGCAUUCUGUUGAUAGCUUUGUUUCAUUCUGUCAAUGAGUUGCUCUGCUUUCUUCUACUCUACCUGUUAAAGCUGUAUUGUGGAUCAGAACCUUUGUAGGGGAUCUCUGCCAUUUUCUGGGACUUAGUUUUCUCCUGUUCUGUGGUUUUCCAGGGAGCUCAGAUAUUCUCAUUUUAUUUAGUCUGGCAGGAGACACUGAUUUACAUUUUAGCCAGAAUGGACACUUUUGGUUUAUUGUUUGGGCCUUGGAGACCCUGAUGAUAUCAGCUUCCCUUUGUUUAGUUAAAUAUUGUAGUGUGUUGGGGAAGCAGAAGUUAGUUUUCCCAGCAUGCACUGGGCAGAAUGUUCAAUAUUAGAA